CAAUAACUACAAACAAUCGGGGAGACAAUCAUUUUAAAAAUAUUCUGAAAAUCCCUAUAAGUGAAAAAGGACAACAUAUACCUCUACAAUGGAACGCUCACAAAGCUGUUUCAAUUUUAAUUACUCCAAGCACGCUAAUCCCCUAGUCUGUGCCUUAUCUGCCUAUAGCAGUGCUUCAAGUGGAAAUUUAAGGAAACUACCGGAUAACAAACAAGAAUUGAAAAUAAAACAAUUUUUACAGCAACUUCAACAUGGCGAUAGUACAGAUAGUGUUAAGUCUAAUACGCCCCAAAUAACUACUGCCGCGUCUACUACCAAUGUACGAAGAAAACGUUUACAGCGUCAAAAGUCAACUAAUGUUUAUAGCGGAGAUGAAGCUGAAUAUGCUGCCGAUUUGGAGGAAGACGGCGAUGAUGAUUUAGCGGAUAAAACAUUUUGUUCGGCGACAAGAGAUCAAGCUGUACUACCAUUUACUGCGCACUUAAGCGCUCACAAAAAGAAACAAGUACGCUUUCGUAGUAAACAACAAAGCGAUAGCAGUCUACUGGUCAGCAAUAAAUCAUCCAGUUCGGCCGUUAUGUCGCCACCAGAAAAGACCGGUUCAACUUCCUCUUUAACAUCAAAUUGCACUUCAAGUUCAACACAUGAUCGCCGCUUAAAAUCAGACGGUUCCUUCGAUUCUAUACAAGAAAAUAAUUUACCCUUGCGGAGAACUCAUAUGCCGGGAGUUUUGAAGCGUGACGCUUCUGUACAAUCCGAUUCGAGUCGUUAUUCCAGUGUUGAUAGUUUAUUAGAGGCCCGUAAACCGGAUCCGGAAGCGAUUUUAAUUAACUUGGGCUUUGGACCAUUAGGCUCCGAAGAUAUAUUAUCACGCAUACCAAAACGAUUUCUGAAACCAUCACAAGUGAAAGGCAUAGAUACAAAUGCGUUUAUCAAGCGAUUACAACUUGCGAAUAGUAUAGGCGAUCAUAGUGUUCUCGGCUAUCGUGGACUUACCGGCAAUCCAGAUAUACCUCCCUCUCAUAUUGUGGCAAAAAUAAUGCAACGUUUCGAAGUAAAUGAACGCAAAAAAUCGCUUACUUCCAUGGAGCUGAAAUUGCGUUAAAUUAUAAAAAUAAGUUUAUUGUUAUUAUGUUUGUGCGAAUGGAAAGAUUCAUGUUUUUCUAAGCGUGAUUAUGUGAGUGAAUGAGACCUGAUUUUUUUUUUUUUUUUUUUAAUGUAAAUGUAUUUAGGAAUUUAGUUUCUAAGCGAACCGUUGUACUUAUGUUUUUUUUUAAAUUUUUAAUAUAUUGUUACUUAAUUUUUGAUUAAAAAAAAAU